AUGGGACCAUUUUUGCCUUGUUCGGCAUGGGUCCUUGCUCUAGUUAUUCUACCUGUUAGGUCAGACAUUGCAGUACGCCUGGGAGUAGUCAUCUAUCUAGCCUUAUUGAAACUGCUUACGAAUCUUCAAUAUUGUGUAGGACCAACUUGGAAGAGUGUCAUUGCACCACUCAUUUUGUUGGGGCUAAGAGCGGAUAGUGCACCUUCUCUCUUAUGUUCAAGAACCCCACCAUCUUCAAUGACCGGGUUACCAAGCCUUCCAACAUCGUUUGAGUUCUAUAAAUAUGUACUUUUGAGAUUUGGGCCAUUGCAACUUACAAGAAAGGGUUUAUCAGCUGCUAGUACGGCUGCAUGUUUUUCUUUCACUAUCUUUCAAAUUGCGAGCCUUUGCUUGACAACCACAACACCGGAGUAGCUUGCAUUUUCUCUUCAAUAGUUCAUUCUCCCUUUGGAGCGCAUUGGUGUUCCAGUAUCUGAAGUCAUCUUUACUCUCAUGCUUUCAUUAAGAUUCAUCGACCUCGUGUUUGAUGAGGUCCGCAAUGUGGCCCUUUGGAUUGUAUGUCGUCGAAUAAAAUGGGAAAAGUUGACAACAAUCGAUGUUUUCUUCACAUACAUCUGUCGAAUCUUCAAGAAUAUCCAUAACCACGCAGAGCAGAUAUCUCAGGCGAUGAUUGUUAGAGGUUUUCGUGGAGACUACAAUGCUCACAAAAUUUUAUUGUCGGCCGGUCCAUCUUUGGCAAUGCCAAGUAUUAUUUCUCUCUCUUGCCUUGUUGGUCUCAUAGGUACUACUACUUUGUCCAAAUACCUUAUUGUUUGA